CGUGCCCUAGUCCGCGACCUGUCAAUCAAGUCUUGUUAAUGCAGCAAAGCAGCUGAGGGGACGAGAAUAGCUUGAGACGAGACCGCAGGUUGGCUGCGUUUGCAGCCAGGAGAGGAGAGGGGAAGAUGCCUUCUCCAUCUUUUACCCUCGAUGCUCAGCUGAGAUUUCAUGACAAAUGGCUGAAGAUAGACUUGCAGCGGGCUUUCUCUCCAGAGGGACUGAGUGAGAUGUGGAAUGAAAUGGUAAAAGAUGAGGAGAUAACAUUCAACGGAGAAGAAUCAGCUCACCCAGAGGAUUGCACUGACUGCUUUGGAGCGCAGAAGAAGGAUGAACCUAACGACAAAGAGAAGAAGGAGGAGGAGGAGACCUCAACAUCUGUGCAUCACUCCAUUAUUGAGACCUGGGACUGGGGGCGGCAGCCAGAUGAGAACGAGUUGAAGGAGUGUCUGUUGGUCCUGGUUGAGGACCAGCAGAAGCUCUCAGCUCAGAUGGCCAAAAGCACCCUGUCUGCCCAGCGCCUGCGCCAGCGCCUGGUCAUCCUGGAGCGCUACCUCAUCUCUCUGAGCCACAGCAUGAUGGAGGAGGAAGAGAAGUACAAGGUCCGCUGGAAGGGGCCCCCCAGCCCACCACUGCCUGCUGCUGAUAAUAAGAGCCCUCGUCCAGCCAGUAAAGGAGUUGAAGGUUUGGCCAGAGUUGGCUCCAGGGCAGCGCUCUCGUUUGCCUUUGCUUUCCUGCGUCGGGCCUGGAGGUCAGGAGAUGAUGCAGAUCUUUGCAGUGAGCUUCUCCAGGAGUCUCUGGAUGCUUUGCGUGCCCUUCCAGAGGCCACACUGUUUGAUGAGGGAACGGUGUCAUCUGUGUGGCUCGAAGUUGUUGAAAGGGCCACCAAGUUCCUCAGUGACGUACAUGGAAGUGCCAGCACCAAGGGCAACAUUCCUCUUCAGGACCAGCACUUAGCCCUGGCCAUCCUGCUGGAGCUGGCUGUGCAGAGGGGCACUCUCAGUCAGUUGCUGUCUGCUGUUCUGCUGCUGCUGCGCCUGUGGGAAAGUGGCACCAGAGAGAUGGACAAUGAGCGCUCCACCCAGGGAACAAGCGCCCCUCUGCUGCCCCUCCUGCAGCGCUUUCAGAACAUACACAGCAGCAAAGAGGAGCCCAUUCCUGAAGAGGAAGCUGAGAUCCUCACAGCCCAAAUGAGUCCAAAUGAGAGCUUCCUGCGCUACCUGACCUUGCCUCAGGAUAACGACCUGGCUAUUGACCUCCGGCAAACAGCUGUGGUGAUCAUGGCUCACCUGGACCGCUUGGCUGCUCCCUGCAGCCCUCCACACUGCAACUCCCCCACAUCACACAAGGGAACCUUGCAGGAGGUGAUUGCCUGGGGCCUGUUGGGCUGGAAGCGUUACGCCAAUGUUAAUGGGCCCAUUCAGUGCAAAGCCCUUUCGAGCCUUGGAGUCUCACAGAUCGUCUGCUCAGAAAAGGGCUUCCUCAUUCUGUCCAGCACUGGCGCUGUUUACACCCAAAACUACAAGAGCACAACCCUGGCUCCGAUGCUGAUCCACAGUCUGAGCUCCAGAAAGAUUGUGAAGCUAGCAGCUCAUCCUGAUGGGCAGCACUACUUGGCCCUGUCAUCCAAUGGGGAGGUGUUCUCAUGGGGCUGUGGUGAUGGAGGCCGCCUUGGACAUGGAGACACCACGUAUCUAGAAGAGCCUGCGAUGAUCGCAGCCUUCAAUGGGAAACAGGCAGGAAAGCAUGUGGUACACGUUGCUUGUGGGAGCACAUACAGCGCUGCUAUUACUGCUGAUGGUGAACUCUAUACAUGGGGCAGAGGGAACUACGGUCGCUUGGGUCACGGCUCCAGUGAAGACCAGACCACACCCAUGCUUGUGACAGCGCUGAAGGGACUAAAGGUGGUGGAUGUGGCAUGUGGAAGUGGUGACGCACAAACACUUUCUGUCACAGAGAAUGGUCAGGUGUGGUCCUGGGGGGACGGAGACUAUGGCAAACUGGGCCGAGGCGGCAGUGACGGCUGCAAGACACCCAAACUUGUGGAAAAACUGCAGGACUUGGACAUUGUGAAGGUGUGCUGCGGCAGCCAGUUCUCAGUGGCCCUCACCAAAGAUGGCCAAGUGUACACCUGGGGAAAGGGAGACAAUCAACGUCUUGGUCAUGGCACUGAUGAGCAUGUUCGCUACCCCAAGUUACUCGACAGCCUACAAGGAAAGAAGGUUGUGGAUGUUGCUGUGGGAUCCACACACUGCCUGGCCCUCACUGACGAUGGAGAGGUGCACAGCUGGGGCAGCAAUGAUAAGCUACAGCACUUUGAUACACUCUUUUCUAACAAGAAGCAGCCUAAGGCACUCCCAGGACUCAACUCCAAACACAUAGUGGGAAUCUCCUGCGGCCCAGGACAGAGCUUUGCCUGGUCCUCGUGCUCAGAGUGGUCUGUCGGGCAGCGCGUGCCCUUUGUGGUGGACGUUUGCCCUAUGACCUUCGAGCAGCUGGACCUGCUCCUGCGACAGGUCAGCGAGGGGAUGGAUGGCAGCUCCGACUGGCCUCCCCCACAGGAGAAGGAGUGCAUGGUGGUCGCCACACUCAACCUGCUCAGGCUCCAGCUCCAUGCAGCCAUCAGUAACCAGGUGGAUCCAGAGGAGCUGGGACUGGGGCUUGGCAGCGUGCUGCUCAAUAACCUCAAACAAACAGUGGUAGUACUAGCUAGCAAUGCUGGAGUGCUUAAUACUGUACAAGCAGCUGCCCAAGCAGUUCUCCAGAGUGGCUGGUCAGUGCUGCUGCCCACUGCUGAGGAAAGGGCGAGGGCAUUGUCCUCACUCCUGCCUAAUGCUGCAUCUGGAAAUGAGAUGAGUGUGAGCCCUGGUCGUCGCUUCAUGAUUGACCUGUUAGUGAGCAGCUUGAUGGCUGAUGGAGGGUUGGAAUCUGCACUGAAUGCAGCCAUCACUGCUGAGAUACAGGACAUCGAAGCCAAGAAAGAGGCUCAGAAAGAGAAGGAGAUUGACGAGCAGGAGGCCAACGCUUCCACAAUGCACCGCUGUCGCACCACGCUGGACAAAGACCUCAUCAACACGGGCAUCUACGAGUCAGCGGGGAAGCAAAGCCUGCCUCUGGUGCAGCUUGUUCAGCAGCUGUUGAGGAACAUCGCCUCCCAGACCAUCGCGAGGCUGAAGGAUGUUGCUCGGCGCAUCUCCAACUAUUUAGAGGCAGAGCAUGUCAGCAAGGAACGCUCUGCGUCUCUGGACCUGCUGCUGCGCUUCCAGAGGCUGCUAGUUAGCAAACUUUACCUGGGUGUCAAUGGCACAGAUAAUGUCAAUGGAUACAAUCCUGAGCUUCUGGGUGUUGGAUCACUGUUGAAAAAGUACAUUGCCCUGCUGUGUACUCACAUCGGAGACAUCCUCCCAGUUGCAACAAGUAUUGCCUCUACUGGUCGCCGCCACUUUGCUGAAGUCUCUCGUGUCAUUGAAGGAGAUCUAACGGGAGUGCUGCUGCCUGAGUUGGUGGUGUCCAUUGUGCUCCUCCUCACCGAUGACGCAGGUGUCAUGCAGGAGACUGGCUCAAUCCCUCUCCUGGCUGGGCUCCUGGAGCACCUUGACCGUUUUAACCACCUGGCUCCAGGACAUGAGAGGGACGAUAAUGAGGAUCUGGCUUGGCCAGGCAUCAUGGGAUCCUUCUUCACAGGACAAAGUUCCAAGAACAACGAGGAGGUCUCCCUCAUUCGCAAAGCUGACCUGGAGAACCACAACAAAGAUGGUGGUUUCUGGACAGUCAUAGAUGGAAAGGUUUAUGACAUCAAGGACUUUCAGGCUCAGUCUCAGUCGCUAACAGGAAACAGUAUCCUAGCCCAGUUUGCAGGAGAGGACCCAGUGGUUGCUUUGGAAGCUGCUCUGCAGUUUGAGGACACCAGAGAGUCAAUGCAGGCCUUCUGUGUCGGACAGUAUAUGGAGCCUAACCAGGAGACAGUCACCACUCCAGACCUCAGCAGUCUCUCCUCCCCGCUCAUCGACACAGAGAGGAACCUGGGGCUGCUGCUGGGUCUCCAUGCCUCCUACCUGGCCAAGAGCACCCCGCUGUCUGCCAUGGAGAUUGAAUGUGCCAAAUGGCUCCAGUCCUCCAUAUUUUCAGGGGGUCUGCAGACCAGUCAGAUCCACUAUAACUACAAUGAAGAGAAGGAUGAAGACCACUGCAGCUCCCUGGGUACAACCACUCCAGACAAGGCCAAACUCUACUCCCGAAGAAUAACCCUCAGUGACCACGCACAGCCUUUCCUGCAGGCUAUUGCUGACAACAACACUCAGGACCACACUGUGAAGGACUUCCUAUGCCAAAUAGAGCGUUGCUGUAAGCAGUACCAUCUUAUUACACCCAUCACCUUCCCCCCGGAACACCCUGUGGAGGAAGUUGGCCGCCUGCUGCUCUGCUGCCUGCUCAAACAUCAAGACCUCGGUCACAUUGCUCUUUCACUUGUCAGUCAAUGUGCCUUGGGUGUGGACCAGGGGAAACAGAGGUCCCUCCCUAAAUCUGUGAUUGACGUGUGCCGCAUGGUCUAUCAGGCGAAGUGUUCCUUAAUCAAGACCCAUCAGGAACAAGGUCGCUCUUACAAGGAGGUCUGUGCCCCUGUCAUCGAGCGUCUGCGCUUCCUGUUUAAUGAGCUGCGUCCAGCUGUAAGUAACGACCUGUCUAUAGUGUCCAAACUGAAGCUGCUGAGCUCUCAGCCCCGCUGGAGGAGGAUCACCCAGAAACUCAUCAGGGACCGCAGGAAAAAAAGAGUGCCUAAGAAGUCAGAGUCUGCUGACAUAGAAGAGCCAAAGCUGGAGAAUGAAGGGACCAAUGAAGAGGAACUUAAUGUCCACAUCAGCCCCACGCCUGCUGACAGGAAAUCACCCACUAGCAAGACAACCAAGCAGGACAAGUGGCAUCCGCUUCUUAACACUGUGUCUAAUGUCCAGAAGUACCGGUGGCUGAAACACAGUGUUCAGGGUGCUUUUUCUCAGUCCAGCCUUAUGGCCACCAUCGUGGAGUUUGCACUGAAAGAGGAGCCCCUGGAUGUAGAAAAGAUGAGGAAGUGUCUUCUCAAACAGCUGGAGAGGGCCGAGGUGAGACUCGAGGGCAUUGACACCAUGCUGAAGUUGGCCUCCAAAAGCUUUCUGCUGCCGUCUGUGCAGUAUGCAAUGCUCUGUGGCUGGCAAAGAGUCAUACCAGAAGGGACCGACAUUGGAGAGCCUCUGUCUGACUGCCUGAAAGACGUGGAUCUGAUCCCUCCCUUCAACCGCAUGCUUUUGGAGGUGACCUUCGGCAAGUUGUAUUCCUGGGCCAUCCAGAAUGUUCGCAACAUCCUGCUCGAGGCCAGCGCCCGCUUCAAAGAGCUCGGUGUGCAACCUGUUCCCUUACAGACCAUCACCAAUGAGAACCCAGCGGGACCAAGUCUUGGCACCAUUCCGCAAGCCCGCUUUCUUCUGGCCAUGAUACACAUGCUGUCCCUGAAACAUGGGUCCAACAGCCUCAGUCUCUUACUAAAUUCUGGCAUAUUGGCUCUCACACAGAGUAUACUCAGGCUCAUAGGGCCCAGCACAGACAGCAGUGAGGAGGACCUGAGUUUAUGUGCACACGGAGGCUCAGCCACAGUACUGGAGGAGUCCAGAAAGGAGGCCGCCCCCACCCCCCUCCCUGCCUCAGGCCCUGAGCUGGCUGCCAUGAUGAAGAUAGGCACAAGGGUAAUGAGGGGAGUUGACUGGAAAUGGGGAGAUCAGGACGGCCCAGCUCCGGGUCUCGGUCGGGUCAUUGGGGAGCUGGGUGAGGACGGCUGGAUCAGAGUCCAGUGGGAUACCAGCAGCACCAACUCCUACAGGAUGGGCAAAGAGGGCAAAUAUGACCUUAAGCUGGCAGAGCCACCGCCAGCUGCCCAGCCCCCGACUGAGGACUCAGACACAGAGGAUGACACAGAAGGUGAGCUGAUGGAGAAGAGCAGCCACCCGACAGCUAUGAUGCUAACCAGCACCGUCAACCUGCUGAAGACACUGUCUCUAACAGCUGGGAUCUAUGCAGAGGUGUUGCAAACAGACGCCACACGGACCCUCUGUGGGCUACUGAGGAUGCUUGUGGAGAGUGGAGCUAAUGACAAGUCAGGGUGUCAUUCCCACAGGCUGGUCUCUCGGGAGCAGCACAGGAGCUGGUCUACACUGGGCUUCAUACGCAGCAUCGCUCUCAUGCCACAGAUGUGCAGCACACUCAGCACCUCUGCGUGGAUUAGCCUGCUCAUCCGAAUUGUUGAGGGCCAUCAGUCCUUCAAUGCCAUCACUCUACAGAGACAGAUCCUGGCUCUGCGUCUCCUGCAGGCAGUCUUGCCCUCAUGGGACAAGACAGAGCGCUCUCAGGACAUGAAGUUUCUGGUGGAGAAGUUGUUCAACUUCUUGGGAAGUCUACUUAGCACCUGCUCCUCAGACCUGCCACUUCUCAGAGAGGGUUCCCUGCGAAGGAGGAAGUCCCGCCCUCAGGCGUCUCUUACAGCCACUCACAGCAGCACAUUGGCUGAGGAGAUCGUUUCUGUCCUGCGCACUCUGCACUCUCUCGGCCAGUGGAACAGCAUGAUAAAUGACUACAUCAACGCUCAGCUGAGCUCUAUUGGUGAUGUCAUGGCAGGCUGCCAGUCUGAAGCAUGUUUCCUGGAGGAGUACUUUCCUGAUUCUGAUGGUCCCAGAGUUGGCAGUCUGAUGGCAGUGAUGGCAGUCAUUGGAGGGAUUGAUGGGCGCCUCAGGCUCGGAGGCCAAGUAAUUCAUGAGGAAUAUGGAGAGGGAACAGUUACUCGCAUCACCCCAAAAGGGCGCAUCACUGUCCAAUUUCAUGAGAUGAGGACCUGUAGGGUUUGCCUGCUCAGUCAUCUCAAACCGAUGCCUGCGGUAGCCUUCAGUGUGCAGAACCUGCCUUUCACUGAGCCCAUGCUUGCAGUCUGGGCUCAGCUGGUUAGCCUGGCUGGAAGCAAACUGGAAAAACAACGCAUGAAGAAGUCCUUGAGUCGAGGGCUGACAGCUGACCAGGUGGACAUCCAUUUGCUGCGGUGCCAGCAGCUGAGGCUGUAUAUCUUAAAGGCAGGACGGGCUCUGCUCUCUCAUCAAGACAAACUCAGGCAGAUCCUCUCCCAGGCGGCAGUUGUGGACAUAGGACCCAACCCCAGUGAGGACCCAGUGGUGUCGUCUCCUGAUGUUGGAGACUUGUCCCCUGAGGGUCCCCUGCCUCCGCUGAUCCUCCUGCAGCAGCUGCUAUCCGCCGCCACUCAGCCGUCCCCGAUCAAAGCCAUUUUUGACAGGCAAGAGAUGGAGGCUGCAGCUCUGGCAGUGUGUCAGUACCUGGCUGUGGAAUCAGCCCACCCGUCCUCCCCUCUGUUUGAGGAGAGCAGCUCCAGUGAGGCCACCACGCCUGUUACCAUACAACAUGUCCGACCUCCCAAACAGAAGAAGCAGAAGACCUCCCCUGUCCCUCCCUUACCCAUAGUCCUCCAGCUCAUGGAGAUGGGCUUCCCACGCAAGAACAUCGAGUUUGCCUUGAAGUCACUGUCAGGAACUACAGGCAGUGCCUCUGGUGUCCCAGGUGUUGAGGCUUUGGUGGGCUGGCUGCUGGACCAUCCAGACAUUCACGUCACUGAGCUGUCAGAUGCCGACACUGUGUCAGAUGAAUACUCCGAUGAAGAGGUGCUGGAGGAGCUGGAGGAGGCCGAGCCGACAUUCCCUGUGCCUCCAGGUGCAGUGGUGACUGAAAGCCAGACCUUUAAGAAGAGAUCAGAUUUCCAGAGCAACGACGAUUAUGCUGUGUAUGUUAGAGAGAACAUUCAGGUGGGGAUGAUGGUGAAGUGCUGCAGAACGUACGAGGAAGUGUUUGAUGGAGAUGUCGGGAAAGUGAUCAAGCUGGACAGAGAUGGACUUCAUGACUUAAAUGUGCAGUGUGACUGGCAGCAGAAAGGAGGAACGUACUGGGUCCGCUACAUCCACAUCGAGCUACUUGGAUUCCCACCACAAAGUUCUCCCUCCCACAUAAAGAUUGGUGAUAAAGUGAGGGUGAAGCCCACAGUCACCACACCAAAGUACAAAUGGGGCUCCGUCACACACAGGAGUGUUGGGGUUGUGAAAGCUUUCAGUGCCAAUGGAAAGGACGUGAUCGUAGACUUCCCACAGCAGUCCCACUGGACCGGCCUGCUGUCUGAAAUGGAACUGGUGCCCAGUGUUCACCCUGGAGUGAGGUGUGAUGGCUGUCAAAUGUUCCCCAUAAAUGGCCCCAGAUUCAAAUGCAGGAACUGCGACGACUUCGACUUCUGUGAAAACUGCUUCAAGACCCGCAAACACAACACCAGACAUUCCUUUGGCAGAAUCAACGAGCCUGGCCAGUCUCCAGCAUUCUGCGGCCGCUCAGGAAAACAGCUCAAGAAGCAUCACAGCAGCCAGCGUGGGAUGCUGAUUGACGAUUGGUCCCGCGCUGUCAAGAGCAUCAAUGUCUCAUCCUCUGUAAACCAGGCCUCACGCCUCCUUGAUGGCAGUGAUCAGUGUUGGCAGUCCUCCGGCUCGCAGGGAAAGCACUGGAUUCGUCUCGAGCUCUUCCCAGACGUUCUUGUGCACAGGCUGAAGAUGAUUGUGGAUCCAGCAGAUAGCAGCUACAUGCCCUCACUGGUGGUGGUGUCGGGUGGGAGCUCUUUGAACAACUUAAUUGAGCUGAAGACAAUUAACAUCAAUCCCACGGACACCACUGUCCUCCUCCUUAGCGACUGUACUGAGUAUCACAGAUACAUUGAGAUUGCCAUCAAGCAGUGCCGCAGCUCCGGAAUCGACUGCAAGAUUCACGGGCUUGGCAUCGUUGGACGUAUUAGAGCAGAGGAUGAAGACCUGGCCACAGUGCCCUUCCUGGCAUCUGACAAUGAAGAAGAGGAUGAUGACAAAACUGCCACUGGGAGUCUUACGCGGAAGAAGUCAUCUGGACUGGAGUCUGCAGCCACCAUCAGGACCAAAGUGUUUGUCUGGGGGCUAAAUGACAAGGACCAGCUGGGAGGACUCAAGGGCUCUAAGAUCAAGGUGCCCUCCUUCUCUGAAACUCUCUCCGCACUCAACGUGGUACAAGUGGCCGGUGGUUCCAAAAGCCUCUUUGCAGUGACGGUCGAGGGGAAAAUUUACGCAUGUGGAGAGGCCACCAACGGCAGGUUAGGCCUGGGCCUGUCCAGUGGGACCAUCCCAAUCCCCCGUCAGAUCACCGCACUCAGUAACUACGUGGUGAAGAAGGUCGCUGUGCAUUCUGGGGGGCGCCAUGCUAUGGCCCUGACUGUGGACGGGAAAGUCUUCUCCUGGGGAGAGGGAGACGAUGGCAAACUGGGACACUUCAGCAGAAUGAACUGUGACAAGCCUCGGUUGAUUGAGGCACUAAAGACCAAGCGCAUCCGCGACAUCGCCUGUGGCAGCUCUCACAGUGCGGCAAUCACCUCCAGUGGGGAGCUUUACAGCUGGGGUUUGGGUGAAUAUGGCCGCCUCGGACAUGGGGACAACACGACUCAGCUGAGGCCUAAACUGGUAAAAGUGCUUCUGGGUCACCGGGUUAUCCAGGUGGCUUGUGGGAGCAGGGAUGCUCAAACUCUAGCUCUCACAGAUGAAGGAUUGGUGUUCUCCUGGGGUGAUGGGGAUUUUGGGAAGCUGGGUCGUGGAGGCAGUGAAGGCUGCAACAUCCCCCAGAACAUCGAGAGGCUCAACGGGCAGGGCGUGUGUCAAAUUGAAUGUGGAGCACAGUUCUCCUUGGCGCUCACUAAAUCUGGAGUUGUGUGGACCUGGGGCAAAGGCGACUAUUUCCGACUUGGCCAUGGCACUGAUGUCCACGUGCGGAAGCCUCAGAUGGUGGAGGGACUGAGGGGCAAAAAGAUUGUCCAUGUUGCUGUUGGAGCUCUGCACUGUUUGGCUGUUACAGAGACAGGACAGGUGUAUGCGUGGGGUGACAAUGAUCACGGGCAGCAGGGGAACGGCACCACCACAGUCAACAGGAAGCCCACCCUGGUGCAGGGUCUAGAGGGACAGAAGAUCACUCGAGUGGCCUGUGGCUCUUCCCACAGCGUUGCCUGGACCACUGUGGAUGUGACCACACCGUCGGUUCACGAGCCAGUACUUUUCCAGACGGCCAGAGACUCCCUUGGAGCGUCCUAUUUAGGUGUCCAGUCAGACAGUGACUCGUCAGCGGUGAACAACAAGAUGAGCGGGCAGAGCAACGUGAAGCCUAAUCGACCCUCGCUGGCCAAGAUUCUGCUCAGUCUGGACGGCAACUUAGCCAAACAGCAGGCUCUGUCUCAUGUUCUGUCAGCCCUCCAAAUCAUGUAUGCAAGGGAUGCAGUGGUCGGUGCUCUGAUGCCAGCCAGCAUGAUUUUGCCAGCAGAGUGUCCUUCCAGCUCACCUGUUCCCCCAUCAGACUCCUCUUCCUCAUCCAGCGUGAGUGAUGAAGAAGGUCCUCCUGUCCUGCCUGAAACCGAGGAGCGAGUCAGCCCUAAUCCCUGGCAAGACAAGAAGGGCGAGGCUCCCUCAUCAGAAGAUGCCGUCACCCCAUCAUCGGCUAUGACUCCCUCUGCCCCUGGUGCCUCCUCACGUCCUUUCAUCCCCGUCACUGAUGACCCCGGAGCAGCCAGCAUCAUAGCUGAAACCAUGACCAAGACAAAAGAGGACUCUGAGAGCCAGAGUAAGGUGGUUGGUCCAGAGCCUCAGUACCUCGACGAGUUCACAAUUCUGCUUGUGCCUGAUGACACCCGUGUAAUGGUCGACCUGCUCAAACUGGCAGUGUCGUGUCGCUCUGGGGAGAAGGGCAAGGAGGUGCUGUCCGCUGUGCUGUCUGGCAUGGGUACAGCUUAUCCACAGGUUGCUGACAUGCUGCUGGAGUUGUGUGUCACCGAGUUAGAGGACGUUGCCACGGACUCACAGAGUGGCCGCCUGUCCUCCCAGCCAGUUGUUGUGGAGAGCAGCCAUCCGUAUACAGAUGACACCUCUACCAGUGGUACUGUGAAGAUCCCAGGUGCUGAGGGUCUGAGGAUAGAGUUUGACCGACAGUGUUCAACUGAGCGACGCCACGAUCCGUUAACGAUCAUGGAUGGAGCCAAUAGGAUCGUCUCUGUCAGAUCAGGUCGGGAGUGGUCCGACUGGUCCAGUGAGUUAAGGAUCCCAGGAGAUGAACUGAAGUGGAAAUUCACCAGUGAUGGCUCUGUGAAUGGCUGGGGCUGGCGCUUUACUGUCUACCCCAUCAUGCCUGCUGCUGGUCCCAAAGACUUGCUGUCAGAUCGCUGUAUCUUGUCCUGCCCAUCCAUGGACUUGGUCACCUGUCUUCUGGACUUCAGGCUCAACUUUGCCUCCAACAGAAGCAUCGUACCUCGGUUGGCUGCCUCCCUUGCUGCUUGUGCCCAGCUUAGUGCACUAGCUGCAGGACACAGGAUGUGGGCUCUGCAGAGACUACGAAAGCUCCUGACCACGGAGUACGGUCAGUCCAUCAACAUAAACAGGCUGCUGGGUGACAGUGAGGGCGAGGCUCGCUCUAUGAGUUUCACAGGCAGUGCGCUGGCUGCUUUAGUGAAGGGGCUGCCAGAAGCUCUGCAGAGGCAGUAUGAGUAUGAGGACCCCAUAGUCAGAGGAGGAAAGCAGCUGCUUCAUAGUCCAUUUUUCAAGGUCUUGGUUGCUCUUGCCUGUGAUCUUGAGCUUGAUACUUUACCCUGCUGCGCUGAGACUCAUAAGUGGGCUUGGUUCCGCCGAUACUGCACUGCCUCCAGAGUCGCUGUGGCUCUGGACAAGAGAACGUCUCUACCAAGACCCUUCCUGGAUGAGGUUACAAAGAAAAUUCGUGAGCUUAUGGCCGAUCACGAGAGCAUGAAUGGCCUCCACGAGAGUCACGAAUUGUUCAAGCGUGAGCACGACGAGCAGCUUGUACAGUGGAUGAACCGACGACCGGACGACUGGACCCUCUCGGCUGGUGGGAGCGGCACCAUCUACGGCUGGGGCCACAACCACAGAGGUCAGCUGGGGGGCAUUGAGGGAGCAAAGGUCAAAGUGCCCACUCCCACUGAAGCCCUUGCCACACUGCGGCCAGUGCAGCUUAUCGGCGGGGAGCAGACUCUGUUUGCUGUCACAGCUGAUGGAAAGCUGUAUGCGACAGGAUAUGGAGCUGGGGGCAGAUUGGGCAUUGGAGGCACAGAUUCUGUGUCCACCCCGACUCUGCUGGAGUCCAUCCAACAUGUCUUCAUCAGGAAAGUGGCUGUAAACUCUGGAGGGAAGCACUGCCUGGCGCUGUCCUCUGAGGGAGAAGUCUACUCAUGGGGAGAGGCUGAGGAUGGAAAACUUGGCCAUGGGAACAGAAGCCCCUGUGACCGUCCUCGAGUAAUUGAGUCCUUGAGGGGAGUGGAAGUGGUGGAUAUCGCAGCCGGAGGGGCGCACAGCGCCUGCAUCACUGCCAGUGGAGAGCUCUUCACCUGGGGCAAGGGUCGCUAUGGACGACUGGGUCACGGGGACAGCGAGGACCAACUCAAACCCAAGCUGGUGGAUGCACUGCAGGGUCACAGGGUCAUUGAUGUGGCCUGUGGCAGCGGGGACGCCCAGACACUGUGUCUAACAGACGAUGACAUGGUCUGGUCCUGGGGAGACGGGGACUACGGCAAAUUGGGCCGGGGAGGCAGCGAUGGCUGCAAAAUCCCCAUGAAGAUUGACUCUCUCACCGGCCUCGGGGUGGUCAAAGUGGAGUGUGGCUCUCAGUUUUCUGUGGCUCUUACCAAGUCUGGGGCAGUGUACACAUGGGGGAAAGGGGACUAUCAUCGGCUGGGCCAUGGCUCUGAUGACCACGUACGACGACCCCGACAGGUUCAGGGGCUGCAAGGGAAGAAAGUCAUUGCCAUCGCCACAGGGUCACUGCACUGUGUGUGCUGCACAGAGGAUGGAGAAGUGUACACAUGGGGUGACAAUGAUGAGGGCCAGCUGGGAGACGGGACCACGAAUGCCAUCCAGAGGCCACGGCUGGUGGCUGCACUGCAGGGCAAGAAGAUCAACAGGGUGGCUUGUGGUUCUGCUCACACCCUCGCCUGGUCCACCAGUAAGCCCACCAAUGCUGGGAAACUGCCUGCACAGGUUCCCAUGGAGUACAACCACCUGCAGGAGAUCCCCAUCAUGGCCCUGAGGAACAGGCUGCUGCUGCUGCACCACAUCUCGGAGCUCUUCUGCCCGUGUAUACCCAUGUUUGACCUGGAGGGCCGACUUGGUCAGACUGGCCACGGACCCUCAGUGGGCUUCGACACGCUCAGAGGCAUCCUCAUCUCCCAGGGCAAGGAAGCAGCUUUCAGGAAGGUGGUUCAAGCCACGAUGGUGAGGGACAGACAGCACGGACCUGUGGUGGAGCUCAACAGGAUACAGGUGAAGCGUUCCCGGAGCAAAGGAGGCCUGGCUGGCCCAGAUGGAACCAAGUCUGUAUUUGGGCAGAUGUGUGCCAAAAUGAGUUCGUUCAGCCCAGACAGCCUGCUGCUUCCUCACCGAGUGUGGAAGGUCAAAUUUGUGGGGGAGUCUGUGGACGACUGUGGUGGAGGCUACAGCGAGUCCAUCGCAGAAAUGUGUGAGGAGCUGCAGAACGCCCUGACCCCGUUGCUCAUCGUCACCCCCAACGGACGCGACGAGUCAGGGGCCAACAGGGACUGUUUCCUGCUCAACCCUGCAGCCAAGUCCCCUCUUCACAUGAGCAUGUUCCGCUUCCUAGGAGUGCUCCUGGGCAUUGCAAUCCGGACUGGAAGCCCUCUUAGUCUGAAUCUGGCAGAGCCGGUAUGGAAACAGCUGGCAGGCAUGAACCUGACCAUCGCUGACCUCAGUGAGGUUGAUAAGGACUUUAUUCCUGGCUUGAUGUACAUCCGGGACAACGAGGCCACAGCUGAGGAGUUUGAGGCCAUGACCCUGCCCUUCACAGUGCCCAACGCCAGCGGCCAGGACAUCCAGCUCAGCUCCAAGUACUCCCACAUCACCCUGGAGAACCGUGCAGAAUAUGUCCGCUUGGCAAUUAACUACAGGCUCCAUGAGUUUGACGAGCAGGUGUCUGCUGUGCGCGAGGGAAUGGCUCGAGUAGUUCCCGUUCCCUUGCUCUCGCUUUUCACCGGCUACGAACUGGAAACUAUGGUGUGUGGAAGCCCGGACAUCCCCCUCCACCUGCUUAAGUCAGUGGCAACCUACAAGGGAGUGGAGCCGACAUCUUCGCUCAUCCAGUGGUUCUGGGAAGUGAUGGAGUCUUUCUCCAACACAGAGAGGUCUCUUUUCCUGAGGUUUGUCUGGGGUCGCACGCGCCUGCCACGCACCAUCGCUGACUUCCGUGGGCGGGAUUUUGUUGUGCAGGUGCUGGAUAAGUACAACCCUCCUGACCACUUCCUGCCUGAGUCCUACACGUGCUUCUUCCUGCUGAAGCUGCCCAGGUACUCGUGUAAACAGGUGCUGGAGGAAAAACUGAAAUACGCCAUUCACUUCUGCAAGUCUAUCGACACCGACGACUACGCCCGCAUCGCCCUGUCCGGGGAGCCUGCCGCUGACGACAGCAGCGAAGACUCGGACAACGAGGACGCAGACUCCUUCGCUUCGGACUCCACCCAGGACUACUUAACAGGACACUGAACUCCGACCAUUAUAGAAGGACGAGUCUAAGAAGAGCUGCCACAAAGAGACUGCCUUAAUCUCACCUAUUAAUACACACAUUCAAACAGGCAUUCUACUAAGACACAAACGUCUGUGGGGGAAAAACGUGCAAUGAGCUUUAAAAGCAUUAUAAGCUAAAGAGAGGAACAAACACAGGUUUGCUCUGAUUUAGUUUCUUUAAAAUAAUGUGGGGUGAUCAGCUGCACAUGUAAUUGUUGUGUUACAUGGAAAUUAUGUAUAUUGUUACAGUUAAAAAAAUAAAACGGCUCCAGCCUAGCACUGUGGUAGAUUUCUCCCUCUGGUUUGUGUGAAUUACCUGUCCCUAGUUUGUAUAUAGAAAUUGAUGUGCGACAAAACAGUAGUAUUACUUUUUGUUUCUUGGUAACAACCGUGUUUCUUUAUAAAAAAAAACCCAACAUUUUUAACUUAAAAAAGUCUGUGUUUCUCACUCGGCUCACGUCAGUCAGAGCCCACCGAAGGGUCAUUUUACAGCUCCCGUAUUUACCCCUCCCUCCACCAUGUUUGUGCACUGUCUCCUUAAAGAAUGUAUAUAAUAUGAUUGUGCCAUGUAUUCACAGAAGGUCUCAUUCCUGCAUAUUAAAUGUUAAUACAUUUCUGUUAAUAAAUUCAAAUGAAAAAAGA